AUCGUUGUGGAAGUCUCACUUAGAGUGCUCUGGAAUCAUGAUCAACUCCAGCCACUUGCACCGAAAAUGAUAUUUAAUGUAAAGAAAAUGUUCCUGCUUGGAAUAUGCUUGAUCGCCAGCCUGUAUCCUGUCCUACUCGGAGCAUAUCCUUUGGAUUCUCCGAGCAGCUUAAGAGAUUCCCCUAGCAGCUUCAAAGAUUUCCCGAGUAGCUUAAAGGAAUCUUCAAGCCGCUUCAAGGGCUCCUCAAAAGAUUCCCCAGCGAGCUUUAAGGACUCCCAGAGUAGCUUUAAAGAUGCCCUCAGCAGUGUCAAGGAUACUCCGAAGAACUUCAAGGAUUCCCCGGAGAGUUUCAAGGAGUCUCUAAGCAGCUUCAAGGACUCUCCGGAAAGCUUCAGGGAUUCUCUGAGCAGCUUCAAGGAUUCCCUAAAAGAUACUAAAGUCCCAGCUGCUCCACUCGCUGACCCCUCCGAAUAUCCCGAUCUUACCAAUGGCCUCACCGACGCAGAGGUCCAGGCCACGCUACAGGAUCUGAGUCUGGAAGAUCUCAACUCGCUGGAGGAGCUGCUCGACGAGCACAGCAAUCGCGACGAGGACGCAGACAGAGAAGCAAGUCUAAGGGACCAGGGUAGAAAGUCCAAGGUCAAGUUAGAUUCCAGCUUCAAGGAUUUGGAUCAGAGCGUGGACGAUAGCUGUGUCGAUGAUGCCGACUGCGAGCCAGCAUCCACCACAAGGCGUGCCACCACCACCACCGUUUGCACCACCACCGUUUGCACCACCAAGCGUUGCUCCAAAAGGCCCUCCAGUAAGCGCCCGAAAACCACUCGAACCUGCAAGCCGCCAACCCCGAAGCCGAAGGAGUGCUCUGAUGACUUUGAAGCUCCAAAGACUGCAAAGCCCAAGUCCAAAUGCAAGACUCCAAGGGAUGAAGAGUGCGAGGCCGAUGACUUCCUGUGCCUCGCCAGAAAAAAAGAGAAGAUGAGAGAGCUGAGCAGCAAUAUUCAGGCGGGGGCGGACUCGGAGGAUGCAGUGGCGCCCUUGGAGGCUCCAGCAGAGUACAAGCCGGGCAGAGAGCUAGCCGGAAUAGAACAAAUAGACGAGGAUAUUUUUCCACCCCUAAAUGACCAAGGGGAGCUCCUAGGCGACUCCUUCGACUUCCUAAAAGAACCGAUGCUGCAAGCCGAGGCCCAGUCUAACUUGGAGCUGGGGAAUCCGGUCCAGUUGGAGGAGAAACACCAGCCCAGUAUAGAGAGACAGGAUCCAGAAAACGAGGCUAGCUUGGGAGAGGAGCACCAGGUUAACCUGGACAACUUUAAGACGGGUAAUCAGGCCAACCUAGAGCAGGAGCUUCCAGUUAAUCUGGAGCUAGGGAAUGUGGCCAGCUUGGAGCAGACACAACCAGUCGGAGUGGAACAGAGUGACAAAAUGAGAAGCCAGGAAUCAGAGGGACAAGCUCUCCUGGAAUCCUUGGAUUCCUCCAGAGAUUCGCUGCGUACAAAGAAGGCAGCGGAGGCGGAGAAGCCAGUGGAGGAGCAGCUACCUCGUUUGGCGGAGAAGCAGCCAUUGGUGGGCAAGGAGGAGCCAGUGCCUCUGAAGACGGAUCAGGGAAAGCAGGCACCUGCAUUCGAUGCGGAUAGUUUCAUUUCAAACAAUGCUCGGGAUCCACCUCGAUACCUCAUCCAAAUGCAGGAUGGAUUCAUUCGGAGCGACAAUGAUCCCGGGGAGCGUCGAUUGCGGGCGGAUCGCAGUCAGAGCGAAGCCCUGAACCUGGACAAACUGGCCGUAAAAGAGGCCAGUCCUUUCUACGAGGAGGACUCCAAGCUGGAGACCGAAUACAAGAGGAAUAAGCGAGAGAACAAGGAAACAGACGAUGCCCCGGAGACCAACAAAGAAACGUAUCUGAAGGACCUGAUGGACUCGUUUCCGAGGGAUCAGGGCGGCCACAUCAAUGCCAAUGUGGCUCUCAGGGCCUCCAAUCUGGCCCACAUGCGCAUCAAGCGAAGUUGAGUUCUGUAUUGGAUUUCGUUUCUGUAUAUUUUCUACGAAUGUAUCUCCGGAAAAUUGUUAGUUCGUAAAUAAUAAAAUAUUAGUGUUUA